GCUGACACAUUCAUUUGCAUAAUGGUUGAUUAAGCUGUUUUCAUGCCUUGCCAAAUUAGGCCAUGCAAUAAGAAAGGUAUACCUUUAACUUCGAAGUCAAACACCAAUGCUGAAGUAAUUUGUGCGAAUGCGGAAAUAAUGAAGGUUAAUGCAGUGAUUAGGACCGCUGAAAUUGGUAGUUCUGCGGUUGCUGGCGGUAUUUCUGGACGAGUUGCAGAUGAUGGUGGUGGUCGGUUGAAGAGUUUUCUGAAAUGGUCAGCCCAUUGUUUCCUUUAUUUCUCCUCUUUGCUAUCUACAUUAUCUUCACUAUCUUUCAAUGGCUUCGUCUGUGUUGAUCUCUUCCAUCCCAGAUAGAAACCUGGUUAUUUGAUAUAAUGUCGUCAUGUCUCUGUCUCUCUUGCCUGCAACUUUUUCUGCUCAAUUGCAAGAAUGUCGUAGAAGUGUCUUUUGUCUUUCCGCUCACUCUUCUCCACUUCUAUGUCCAGUGUAGUGUUUUAUAGACUGUGUGCAGUUCCUCUUUUCAUUGUUCAUCCAUGCACUGCAGUGCACUGCACUGGUUCAUCUUCUGCUUCACCAUCACCAUUUUCCUCCUCCUUUUCUAUCAGCUUCCAUGUAGAGAUCUGUUCCUUGUCUUUCCG